AGUCUGAAAGCUCCAAAGGUGAAAGGUGGGGUUAAUGCCCCUGACUUUGACUUGCCAAACAUGAACCUUAAAGCUCCCAAGUUAGAUGUGAAAAUGCCAAAACCGAAAAUGCCUAAAGUGAAUCUACCGGGCCUUAAAGGACCUGAGAUUGAUGGAGGCAUAGAUGGCCCAGAUGUUGACAUUGGUGCAUCGAGCAUCAACGUCAAAGGCUCUAAAACUGGCUUUGAAAUGCCAGAUGUUGACUUUGGCGGCCUGUCAGAGAAAUUUAAAGCGCCACAUUUGAAACUGCCUGAUGUGGGAUUUUCUGCUUCAAAGUUAGAUGGCCCAAAUGUUAAUCUCAAUUCAUCUGAUUUUAAUGCCAAGCUACCAAAAGCACCAAAUCUGAAAUUACAUUCAGACCUAAAAACUCCAGAGUUACAUACCAAAGUCCCCAAGAUGAAAGGUGGAUUUGAUUCCCCCAAGUUGGGCUUGCCAAACAUGGACCUCAAAGCUUCCAAGUUAGAUAUGAACCCUCCAGAUGCCAACAUUGGAUUCCCUGAUGUAAACUUUAAAAAGCCCAAAAUGAAGAUGCCAAAAGGCCCCAAUGUUGACAUAAAUACGGAUCUACAAGGGCCAGAACUGAGUAUUCCAAAUGUAGAUAUUAACGGUCCAAAAGGAAAUCUAAAAAUGCCAGAUUUAAAUGCACCACACCUUAGUCUCUCUGGACCUAAAGCAAAAACACCAGACAUGAAUCUUUCAGGACCUAAACUGAAAGGCCCUGGCAUAAGUAUGCCAGAUUUAGAUUUACCUAAUGCCAGUUUCAAGGGUCCCAAGCUAGACCUCAAUGCAAAACGUCCUGACCUAGGAAUAAAUGGAGGCUCUGAUAUUGACUUUGGUGCAUCUCUGAGACCAACAAAUCUUGACAUUUCUCCUCCAAAUGCAAAGUUAAAUGUGAAACCAGCAGAGUUAAAGGGAAAUGUCACAGGUCCAAAUGUUAGUGCUCCAAACAUGGACAUCAACAUGCCAAAAGCUGCAAUGCGUAAUCCACAGCUGCAUUUAAAGUACCCAAAUCUUGACGUUGAUGAUCCUUCACUAAAUUUCAAAGGACCUUCAUAUAAGAAUCGCAGAUCAGAUAUGACAGGUGUAAACAUGAAAAUGCCUGACUUGGAUGUUGAUGCAGAUGUCAGACUACGGCACACUGACAGAAGGUCACUUAGAACCCAAGUAAGGUCCAGCUAUCCUGGGCUGAAUGAUGCUUUAGGCCACCAUAUUGAUUUUCAUCGUUCAGAUCUCAACAUUGAUGAUUUCACAGGAAAAGAUCAUGUGCUAAGAGCCAGAGGUUCAAAACUAAAUCUCCAGGCACCGCACAGCUAUGGACAGGUGAUUUCCCCGUCAGGAGGUAGCAUUGACAUGAGGGACCCCAGAAACGCCAGAAGAAUCCCAGCCAAUCUUGUUAACCCCAAUGCACGUUUGCCACAUUUUUCUCAAGGUUCAAGCAUAAGAGUACCGAACAGUUCAGACGGAUACUAUGUCACAGUUUUUCCUAAUCAAACACAAAAUCAAAGAAUGCCAAACCGUAAAUAUAACACACUUGGAGGUCUCGACUUCCAUCCUGGAAACUUGGACCUUGAAGUUCCAGAUGGAAAUGACCUCAAAGGAUCAACAUUCUUUUUCUCCAACCUCGUAUAGCUUUCAAAGCAUUCAUGAUAUCAUUUUAGGGUGCUUUAUUAUUGCUUUUUUGUUUGUUUGCAUUUAUUUAUUGUGACUGGAACUAUUGUAUCAUGUUGUAUGAUUGUUAUGAACUGUUACUUUCUGUCUCAUUGUGUUUUUUUGUACAUAUUACCUCUCCUGUAGCUUUGCAAUGAUGCAAAUGGACAUUACAUUCUUGCACUUGUUUUAUCAAGUACAUUAAAACUUUUUGACAUUGUUUAACAAUGAAUAUUUAUGCUAUGCAAUUCUUGUUUAAAAAGAAGGUAUUUUUGGUUUGCACAUCAAAUUGAUCUAAUUUUGUUAUGUCACCCAGGAGCUCCAAAUGUUCUCUCGCUACCACUGAUGUUUAAACUCAGGGAGGAAAUCUUCAGAUUACAAGAUUAAAGGAACUCAGUUGUUUUGUUAGGUAUUAUCAUUUGAAUGGAAAUACAUCUAAAGUUGUUUAUAGUUUUCAUGUCUGUUGUUUUGAGUACCUGUUGUAUUUCAGAUUCUUUGAGGGUGUAUAUACUCGAGUUUAUCAAUGUGUUGUAACCAUUUUUUGCUUCAAGCAUGUAAAGACUUGAUAAUGACAUUAUUUGAGAAUAUAUGUUACGCCGGACUGUACAAACUGGUUCAGGCCAUUUUUAAGGUGGCCAUCAAACUAUUAAAGUCAUUUACAACAAACA